AACCGUAAAAAAUAGAAACUUCCAAGAUGGCCGAGUCCGUGGACUCCAUGCAUUUCGCAGCGAACAGCAAAACAAAUUCCCCUAAACCCUUAAUAGCAAAACGGCCGCCUGAGAGCCGUCCGCAGUCUUCCAGCGACAUUUUCCCACCGACCCCCAAGAAGGUCCGAGUGGAGGAGAAGGGCCUGAAGCACAGAAAGCUGAACGGAGAGAUAUGCGCAGGGGAAAAACACAACGGGAAGCAGAGUUGUGGAAGCCCAGCGAAAUGGAGUUUCGGCCCGGCCAAGGCGAGCCACUCCACCGCUGUCGCGAUGCCAGCUACGCCUGUCCGGAAAAUCUUCAAAAUCAGCAACUUUCUCGCUUCACCACCCAAAGUGAAAAAGGCUAAAGAGAAACGACACAAGGAGAAGGAGAAAAACGGCGAAGCGUCGCGGAGCUCCGCCGCUGGGGAGAAAGUGAGCCCCGCUAGCUGCCAUACAAAGACCGAGAACGGCGACGUUAAAAUGCCACAGAGAGACCACCACGUGAAGGAGAAAGACAGGCAGAUGAAGAAGGAAAAGAAUAAAGAGUGGAAAAAUUACAAAUUGCCGCCUAUACAUGACAUUGCAAGAGAAAACGGAGACGUGAUUUCUCCUCAGAAAGAUUCUAAAGAGAAGCUCAAGGCUACUUCAGAGGAAGAUCUGCUCCUGAAGAAACUCAAGAAGAAGAAGAAAAAGAAGCACAAAGAUGGCGAGCGGGUGAAGGAAAGGCACAGCCGGCCCAAAAUGUAUCACCGCUCGUGCCAGACUGUGUGCUCAGGCGUGACUCUGGGUCUGCCCGAGUUCCUCAGUCGAAUCAACGGGAACAACAGCGGCAGUCUCAUCCCAAGCACCACAUCACCACAACACCAUCAGGAUUCUGCUGUUACUGCCGCCACCUCCACUUCCAUCACCUCCAUGGUCAGAGACAGGCUCGGCUACAGCUCCCCGCUCCACUGCACCCCAUCGUCAGGUCUGCCUGGACUGGAGUUUGGUAGUCUGAUCCACAUCGAGCAACAGGCCAAUGGAGGGGCAUCUGUGGUGCAUGCUUACAGCGAGCAGCUCUCCUGUCUGUCUCCAGCUGAGAUGGAGCGUUUUGCAGAAGAGUUUGUUAAACUGUCGUUCAGUGAGGACAAAAACCAGGCUGCGUGCUUUGUGAUGGGAAUCAUUCAUGGAGCUGCAUCCUACCUCCCAGACUUCCUGGACUACUUCUCCUACAAGUUCCCCAAUUCUCCAGUGAAGAUGGAGGUGCUCGGGAAAAAAGACAUCGAGACGACGACCAUGGCCAAUUUCCACUCUCAGGUGAAGCGGACAUAUUCCCAGGGAACGUACCGUGCCGGGGCCAUGCGGCAGGUCAGUCUGGUUGGAGCUGUGGAUGAAGAGGUUGGAGACUACUUCCCAGAGUUCAUCAGGAUGUUGGAAGAAUCUCCGUUCCUGUUGCGGACUCUGCCCUGGGGAACAUUCUCCAGUCUGCGGCUGCAGAGUCCCACCGAGAGUGACGACGGACCCAUCAUGUGGGUCAGACCUGGGGAACAGAUGAUCCCGAUGGCAGACAUGCCAAAAUCUCCCUUCAAAAGGAAAAGGUCCACCAAUGAGAUCAAGAACCUGCAGUAUCUACCCAGAGCCAGCGAGCCCAGAGAGAUGCUGUUUGAGGACCGCACCAGAGCCCACGCUGACCACAUCGGUCAAGGCUUCGAGAGACAAACUACUGCUGCUGUUGGUGUGCUGAAGGCUGUGCGCUGUGGAGAGGACAUUGACACCCCUGCUCGGAUCACCAAAGAUGUUAUUUGUUUCCACGCUGGAGAUUUUCCAGAUGUGGUCAUGAGGCUUCAGCUGGACCUCCACGAACCCCCGCUGUCUCAGUGUGUACAGUGGAUUGAUGAUGCCAAGCUGAAUCAGCUGAGGAGAGAGGGGAUCCGAUACGCCCGCAUCCAACUGUACCAUGAUGACAUCUACUUCAUCCCCAGAGGAGUUGUCCACCAGUUCAAGACUGUGUCUGCUGUCUGCAGUCUGGCCUGGCAUAUCCGACUCAAACAAUAUCACCAACACGAAGAGAAGGAGGAAGAGGAGGUGAAUCUGGAGGAUAAGUGCACGCCAUGCAAUGCAACGCAUGAUAUCAAAGAGGAGGAAGACGAGGAGGAAGAGAGGAAUGAGUGUGAUCUUACUGUACAGACGGUGACAAAGCUGGUGGAGGAGGAUGUGGAGGGAAGGGAGGGGCUGCCCUCAGAAACUCCGACACAGAUUUUCAAGGAGGAGCGAGAGGACAGAGCUGAGAUGAUGGAGUCGUCAGCAACACAGUCGCUACCUUCAGUGAAAAAGGAAAGAGAUGAGGUUGUACUCAGUCCCACAUUAGUGGAACCUAAAGCUGAGGAAGAUGUGAAAGAGAACAGCAAGGGAGGAGCAGACACACAUCAAACACUGCAGAGAAGCCACGAGGAGGGUGGAGUGGAAAGUGCAUCCUUAAAGUCUUUACAGCAAAUUUGGAAGGAAAGUGAUGUGGAGGAAGAGAGACAGCAAAGGACACCACUUUCAGGUCAAGGUCUAAAAGAGAAAAGUCAAGAUAAUACACCAAGCACUAACAACACACCACAAAUAAAAAAGGAAAAGGAUAAAGGAAAAAGAGAGAGAGAAGAAAAGGAGAGGUUUAGAGACAAGAAAGACAAGGAUAGGACCAAGGAGAAGGACAGGGAUAAAAAAGACAGAGGGAAAGACAGAGAGAGGGACAGGCUAAGGGAGCAGGAGAAAGUUAAAGCUGAGGGAGGCAGAGAGGGCAGCACAUCAACGCUGCUGCAGAUAAAGAAAAAGGAGGACGAGGAGAGGACAAAAGAGAGCAGUAAAACUUGUCAAACUAUCCCGCCUACUCAGGGAGACGAGAAGUGGGCCAAGGAGUCGGACUCAAAAACCCACGUCAAGAGAGAGAAGGAGCAUGAAAAAGACAGAGGAGGCUCGCAGGCAACACCUCAUUCGCGGCCCGACAGAGAGGAGGCUCGGGACUCCUGCACGCAUAAACACAAGUCUUCACAUGUGAAGAAGGAGAAGAGCAGUCACCGAGAGGCCAGGGACGGUCACUCGUCAAAUACGCAGGGGAAGACUCACAAACCCGCAAGCCUUCUGGUUAAAAAAGAAGGUAAAAAAGAGAAGGAUGUCAGCGGCAAGGAGGAGAAGAAAAAGCCUUCUGGUUCUGCUCAGCCAGAACACAAACCAGCACGGACUCUCGUCACGUUUGACCUCUUUAAACCCAUGGAGGCUCACCAAACUUUGUCCCUUUCCUUCACAGACACUAAACCUAAACCCCACCACCACAGUGACUCUCGAGGCUCUUCCUCUAAGCCUGGAUCAGACAGUCGGACAGUUGUGUCCUCUAAAGGACCAAAAGUAAAGGACUCGGUGCAGGGAAAACCUGCCACAGCGCUACAGGACAGCGGACCCCAGCAGCACUCGUUAAAACAACCCCUGAAAACACACACACCCCAAACACAGAAAGACUUCUUGAUAUGAAUGUCUAGGUGUCUAGUCUUCUUUUUUUACUCUACAACUUACGCCAAGGCUUUGUUAAAAUAUUUAAAAGUUCAUCCUUUCCUCAGACAUCAGCAGUCUUUGUAAUUUGUAAUAGUGGGAUGAAAGCACUCCCAUUACUUGGACACAGCCACAUUAUUCCUGUGAUGCAGUGAAACAUGGAUGCACUCUGAAAAUAUUUUAACAGUGCCUAAGAAUGUAAGCUAAGUAGCUCACUUCACAUUUGUUAGCAGAUGUAUGUAGGCUUUAUAUAAAAUGUUAUGUGACCUGUGUGUCAGUGCCUGUGCACUACUUAGCUUCGCUCUUAAAGCACCUAUUUUAGGUACUGGACUAGCCAAUCUGAAAACAACCAUCCUUACUCAACUACUAGAAAUGAACUUUGUUCACCGUUUGGGACAUGAAAGUAAAUCUUAGAGCUCGUCAGAACUGACAUCCUCCUCUUAUUGUUGCUUUUGUCGAUGGGCUUUAUUGUUUUGUAACACUCCAAAGUCAGAGCAAGUAGUUGUUUUCAGACUGGACUGUUUGACUCACACAGGGCUGUAAAUGAUACUGUAUGUACCAAAACUGUACAGCAUAGAUGUUAUUAGCACCAAUGUGAGAAAAUGUAUACAGAAAUUGCAUAUAUUUUUUGUAAGACAAGUUUUAUUUUCCAUAGAACUUAUUUAUAUCAUUUACUGUCUGUUUUUAUUUGAAACCAAUGUAUGUGAAAAUUUUGUUGUAAAUACAUUUUAUUUCCUAAGAUAAGACUUGGUAGUGUGAUUUAUACUCUGAUCAGAACCUCCCAAUAAAUGGUUCAAAAUGUUGACUAA